AUGGCAGAUAAAUAUCGCUCUGAAGUGCUUUACAACCCCGAAGAUGAUCUUCAUUAUGCAACCCUAACAGUGCGAGAUACUCUAAUUUUCGCUCUGAAGUCUCGUACCCCAGGCAAGACAUCCCGAAUCCCCGACGAGAGCCGGAAAGAUUAUCAAAACACCUACUUGACUGCUAUUGCAAAGUUGUUCUGGAUCGAACAUGCGAUGGGUACAAAAAUCGGCAACGAGCUAAUCCGAGGAAUAUCUGGCGGCGAGAAGAAACGUGUAUCCUUAGGCGAGGCCAUGGUCACAAAGGGCAGUACACAGUGCUGGGAUAACUCAACCAAAGGCCUCGACGCGAGUACGGCUUUGGAAUACGUGCAAAGCUUGAGAAGCCUAACAGACACUGCCGAAGUUUCUUCAUUGGUGGCUCUUUAUCAGGCCUCUGAAAGCCUGUUUCGUCAAUUCGACAAGGUCAUCCUUAUAGAAGAUGGCAAGUGUGCUUACUUUGGUCGUACGGAGCACGCAAAAGCCUACUUCGAGCGACUGGGCUUCGAAUGUCCUCAACGAUGGACAACACCUGAUUUUCUGACAUCUGUUAGCGAUCCAAAUGCACGGCGCAUCAAAUGUGGAUGGGAAGGGCGGAUUCCGCGUUCUGCUGAAGAUUUCCAAAGAGCAUACCGCAAAAGUGACGAUUUUAAGGCGGCUUUCGCGGAUAUUAAGGUGUUUGAAAAAGAGAUAGAGUCUCAAAGAAAAGAACGAGAAGUCGCCAGAAGCAAGAUAAAGAAAAAGAAUUACACCGUCUCACUCUACAAGCAGAUUAUGAUUCUUACCCACAGACAGUUUCUUGUCAUGAUUGGAGACAGUCAGUCUCUAGUAAUCAAAUGGGGCGUGGUCACCUUCCAGGCACUCAUUAUAGGGAGUCUGUUCUUCGACCUUCCGCAGACCAGUGAUGGUGUCUUCACGAGAGGUGGAGUGAUGUUCUUCAUCCUUCUUUUCAAUGCUCUACUUGCAAUGGCCGAGCUCACAGCAGCCUUCCAGAGUCGGCCGAUUCUAAUGAAGCAUAAAAGUUUUUGCUUUUAUCGUCCAGCAGCUUAUGCUCUGGCCCAAGUCGUGGUCGAUGUCCCACUUGUAUUUGUUCAGGUGGUGCUGUUUGAUGUGAUUGUCUACUUUAUGUCGAACCUUUCGAGGACGGCCUCUCAAUUCUUCGUCAAUUUCCUUUUUAUAUUCUUGCUCACCAUGACCAUGUACUCUUUCUUCCGGGCCCUAGGAGCGUUGGUCUCGUCACUUGAUGUUGCUACACGCCUUACUGGAGUUGCAAUUCAAGCCUUGGUUGUCUAUACAGGAUAUCUCAUCCCACCCUGGAAAAUGCACCCCUGGCUCAAGUGGUUAAUCUGGAUCAACCCCGUGCAAUACUGCUUCGAAGCAAUAAUGGCAAACGAAUUCUACAAUCUGGAUAUUCGAUGCGAGCCGCCUUCCAUUGUCCCAAUUGGUCCUAAUGCUGUGCCGGGCCACCAAAGCUGCGCAAUACAGGGCAGCACUCCGGAUUCGACAAUUGUUCGUGGUGCAAACUAUAUCCGAAGCGCUUACACAUACACUCGAUCACACCUAUGGCGGAACUUUGUCAUCGUGAUUGGAUGGUUUAUCUUCUUUGUCGCAAUGACGGUACUGGGCAUGGAAAUGCAGAAACCGAAUAAGGGCGGUAUGGCAGUUACUGUUUACAAGAGGGGCGAAGCACCAAAAGAAAUUGGGCAGACAAUUAUGGAAAAGAAGAAACCUGAAGACGAGGAAUCCGGCGAACGGGAUACUGCCAGACCCGACUCCAGGGAGAACGAGUCGGGAGAAACCAUGGAAAAGGUUGAGGGGAUUGCUGAAAAUACGUCAAUUUUCACGUGGCAAAAUGUCACUUAUACGAUACCGUUCGAAAGCGGACAGAGGAAGCUGUUGCAGAAUGUUCAGGGUUAUGUCAAGCCUGGUCGUCUUACGGCUUUAAUGGGGGCUUCUGGUUCAGGCAAAACCACUCUACUCAAUGCUUUGGCGCAACGUAUUAAUUUUGGUGUUGUUACUGGCACGUUCUUGGUGGAUGGAAAACCCCUCCCAAAAAGCUUCCAAAGAGCAACCGGCUUCGCCGAACAAAUGGACAUCCAUGAACCCACAGCAACAGUCCGCGAAUCCCUCCGCUUCUCAGCCCUCCUCCGCCAACCCAAAGACGUUCCUGUCAAAGAGAAAUACGACUACUGCGAAAAGGUCAUCGAUCUAAUGGAAAUGCGUCACAUCGCCGGUGCAACGGUUGGAUCCAUGGGUUUUGGACUAAACCAGGAACAGCGCAAAAGGCUCACCAUUGCAGUUGAGUUGGCAAGUAAGCCAGAGUUACUACUGUUCUUAGACGAACCUACAUCUGGUCUUGAUUCUUUGGCCGCUUUUAAUAUUGUCCGCUUUCUACGACGGCUAGCGGAUGCCGGACAGGCAGUUCUGUGUACAAUUCAUCAGCCGUCUGCUGUGCUUUUUGACCAGUUUGAUGAAUUACUAUUGUUAAAGGCAGGUGGUAGAGUCGUUUAUAAUGGGGAGCUGGGGCAGGAUUCCCAGAAGCUUAUUAAGUACUUCGAGAAUAAUGGUGGUAAGAAGUGUCCUCCGGAUGCGAACCCGGCAGAGUACAUGCUCGAAGUCAUCGGCGCUGGAAACCCAGACUAUAGUGGACAGGAUUGGGCUGACGUCUGGGAGAACUCUACCAAAUACAAAGAGCUGAUGGAGGAUAUCAAUCGAAUAGUUGAAACCCGCGCUGUUAAUACACAUCAGAGAAACAAAAAUGACGACAAAGAGUUCGCCAUGCCGCUCUGGACUCAGAUCAUGGCUACUACGAGGCGUGCUUUUAUUGCAUACUGGCGAACCCCGGAAUAUGCACUGGGCAAAUUCAUGCUUCACAUCUUCACCGGCCUCUUCAACACGUUCACCUUCUGGCACUUGGGAAACAGUUAUAUCGACAUGCAAUCACGGCUGUUUUCUGUUUUCAUGACGCUUACCAUCUCACCCCCAUUAAUCCAGCAACUGCAACCACGAUACCUUCAUUUCCGUGGUCUCUAUGAAUCCCGCGAAUCCAGUUCCAAAAUCUACUCCUGGAUCGCAUUCGUCGCCAGCACCAUCCUUCCCGAAAUACCCUAUUCCAUUGUCGCAGGGUCCAUCUACUUCAACUGCUGGUACUGGGGCAUCUGGUUCCCCCGCACCUCAUUUCGCACCGGCUUCACCUGGCUCCUCCUAAUGCUCUUCGAGCUCUUCUACAUCGGCUUCGGGCAAUUCAUCGCCGCCCUGUCCCCGAACGACCUCUUCGCCUCCCUCCUCGUCCCCGCCUUCUUCACCUUCGUCGUGGCUUUCUGCGGCGUCGUCGUGCCCUACCACGCGCUGCCGCAUUUCUGGCAGUCCUGGAUGUACUGGCUUACGCCGUUUCAUUAUCUGCUUGAGGCAUUUUUAAGCGUUGUUGUGCAUGAAGUUCCUAUGAGGUGUGUCGAGAGAGAGGAGAGUUGGUUUACGGUGCCGCCGGGGCAGAGUUGUGAAGGGUAUGCUGGGGGGUUUGUGCGGCAGGCUGGGGGGUAUGUUCGGGAUGCGGGGGGCUGCAAGCUUCAACGUCUUCUAUCAGCAUAA